AUGAUUCGACUACCGGUAACGAAAAGAAAAAUUUUUCAUGCUCCUGGUUUUCGUUUUAAUUCUUCAAGCAGUUUUAUAAGGAAUAGUUUUAUAGAGUACUUUGUUAAGAAUCACGGGCAUAAACAAGUCAAAUCUAGUUCUGUAGUCCCUCUUUAUGACCCUACUGUUCCAUUCGUGAAUGCAGGAAUGAAUCAGUUCAAAGGUGUACUUCUAGGGAAAGUGGUGCCUCCAUAUGCCAGAGUGGUAAACUCACAGAAAUGUGUGAGGGUGGGUGGCAAGCACAAUGAUCUGGAUGUAGUAGGCACUGAUGGAUACCAUCACACAUUCUUUGAAAUGCUUGGCUCCUGGUCUUUUGGUGAUUAUUACAAGAAAGAAGCAUGUAAAAUGGCAUGGGACUUACUUUUAGGUCCUUACCGGCUGAAACCUGAAAAUCUAGUGGUUACAUACUUCCAAGGAUGUGCUGCUAUAGGUUUGGUAGAAGAUAAGGAAUGCAGAGAUAUCUGGAAGGCUAUUGGUGUACCAGAAAGCAGACUCAAGUCUCUUGGAGCGAAAGAAAACUUCUGGGAAAUGGGAGUGAGUGGCCCGUGCGGUCCUUGCACUGAAAUCCAUUACAUCAAUCCAGACGGUUCCCUCACAGAAAUAUGGAACCUUGUUUUUAUUAAUUUUAUAAGAGAAGAAGAUGGACGAGUGAAGGGUAUGGGACGUUCCAACAUCGAUACUGGUAUGGGCUUGGAGCGCAUGGCGAAGAUACUGCAAGGUGUGCCAUCCAACUAUGACACGGAUUUGUUCAAGCCCAUCAUCACGGCUAUAGAGAAGAACAGUAAAGGAGUGGCCUCAUACGGUGGCAGCUUUGAUAACUCGUCCGAGCUAGACUGCGCGUACCGACGCCUCGCCGACCACGCCAGGAUGAUCAGCGUGUGUCUGGCCGAUGGAGUGUUUCCUGCCUCCAGCUUGAACUUAAAGCAGAUUAUGCGAAAGUCCUUCAAGAUAUCCACUGACGUUUUCCGAAAUCCCCGAUUGCUAAGUAUUUUGUACAACCAGGUCGCUGAGACCCUAGGGUCGACAUAUCCUGAAUUGGUCGCUAAGGAGGCUGAAGCUAAACUUAUCAUUGAACACGAGGAACAGGCGUAUGCUAAGAUGAAGGCUGGCCUUACGAAGAAGAUGAAAGAGCUGGUGCAGAAGUACCCUGAAGUGGAGGCGUUGAACGAUGUUGAACUGCCCAGUUUUACGUUAGGAUAUAGUGAGUUUAAAGAUGCAAUGUCAAAACACCCCACAAACCUAAUACCUGGCCAACUAGUCUUCAAACUAUAUGACACACACGGCUUUCAAGAAGAUCUCCUAAAACGAAUUGCAGACUUAAACAAAAUGAAAAUUGACCAAAAAGGUUUCUGGGAACUUCUGACCAAACACAAGAGCAGGCAUAAGACCGCUUACAAAGAACAAAUCAACAAUAAAUCAUAUCAAUUUGCCCAAAACAUUGCAGUAUUAAAAGAAAAAGGUUACAAGUCUACAAAUGAUAGUCCCAAAUAUGAAUAUGAACUUAUCAACAAUCAAGUAGAAUUCAAGCCUCUAAAAACAAAAUUAAUAGGUAUUCUCAACGAAGAUUUGACCUUUAUAGAUAUGCUGGAUCCAUGUGAAAAUCGACCUUAUUACUUGGUCACACAAGACACAAAUUUCUAUUGCGAAGAGGGUGGGCAGAGUGCAGACGAUGGAAUGAUUUACAUCAACGAUAAUGUGGCGUUACAAGUGGAUAGUGUGUUUAAAAUUCAAGGAUUCGUGUUCCAUAAGGGUUAUUUUGCUAUAGGUAGGGGUACACGGUUCGUGAAGUGCAAUAAUGUUGUAGAGUUAGAAAUGAACACAGAGAGAAGACUGAAAUUGAUGAAGAAUCAUACAGCUGUUCAUUUGUUGAAUGCGGCCAUGAAGAGGGUGUUACCGAAUAGUGUAGUGUGCCCGAUUGGGUCCAGUGUUACAGAGAAUGGACUGAGUUUGAGUCUGGUGGUUUACGGAGAGAAGUUGUCACAUGGGAAGAUAUUGGAAGCACAGAAUCUUAUUAGGAAGUCAAUUCAAAGCAAUGCUCCCGUAACAACUCGCAUAGUGGACAGUGUGGAGUUAUCAAAAGAAGACUCGGUGGUGACAAUACCUGGUGAAAUAUACCCGGAGGUUGGGUUGAGACUAGUCACAGCUGGUUCACCAUUAUUAUCCAAGGAGCUGUGCUGCGGCACGCACGUGCCCGCCGCGGGCCUCAUCGAGGAGCUGAGCAUCGUCGCGGUCAAGGGAGCCGGCUCGCACACACCUACCAUAUACGCACUUACUGGCGAGGAUGUUUUGAAGGCCCGCGAACUAUUCUGCCGAGCGCAAAAACUUGAACAAGUGAUAGAACUUGUUGAUCCAGAGAGAAGAAAGGAGGAAGUAGCAAAUAUAAAGAGCAGCCUCACAGAGCUGUGUGGGAGUAAAGGUGCCCCUUAUGGGGAAUACGCAGAGUGUCUGAAGCUGAUGGACACGUUUCAGAAAAGAGAGCUUAAUAACAAUGACAUGGCGCUACAUACAAUAGCUGUCACAGAAGUCAAUGACGCAGUGUCCGAGGCGGUCCAGUCAGGUCGCAAGUUCGCUGUCCACUUCCUGCGAUGUUCGUACCUGAUGCAGAGCACCGGAGUGCAGAAAGUGCUGGAGACUCAGCACGCCUUACCCACGCUGGUGCUGGGGUGCGCUGGAGGGGUGAUAGUCGCUGGAGCUACUGUUCCACCUGAUAUGACGUCGGAAGUGUUCUCAGCGAAGAGUUGGCUGAGUUGUAUCGUGCCAGUGUUCCAAGCUGACCUGAUGCCCCCUCGCCAAGAUAUGUCACCGACCACCUAUUCCGAGAUGACAGCCACCAAAGUAUCACUUAUAAACUGUGAGCAGCUCGUCCAGGACGCCAUGCGCAUCGCUAUCAAAUUUGCGCAGUCUCACAUAAAGGAGAAAAGCCGACACCAUCCAGAAACUAAGAAUGUUCAAGUUAACCCAUAG